AUGAGUAAUAGCCUGGAGGCUAAGAUCGUGGUUCUUGGUGCUCAAGGUGUUGGAAAAACGUCCCUCGUCCAACGGUAUGUCAAAAACUCCUUCAAUCCUGCCGCCACCGUAUCCACAGUCGGCGCAUCGUUUGUCACAAAGCGCGUCCUGGACUCCACCUCCGAUACUGUUGUGAGACUGCAAAUUUGGGAUACCGCAGGGCAAGAACGUUUCAGGAGCAUAUCCCGUUUGUACUAUCGUGGGGCAAAUGCUGGUCUCCUUUGCUAUGAUAUUACGAAUGAAGAGAGCUUCAAAGAAAUGACCGGAUGGCUGGGGGAGUUAAAGGAGAACCUUGGGGAUGAUAGCUCGAUAAUAAUUCAUGUUGUGGGGACGAAAUCCGACAUUGUUGCUGAUGACCCGAACAAACGAAAAGUCCCAUUCGAGAAAACGAUAGCCUAUGUGGCAGAGCAACUAUACCCUUCUCAGGCAUCAACACCUCCGCCGAGUUCUGGAAUGGGAAUGCUGGGGGUUUCAGCUACCACAGCGCCUAACAGUCAUGGCCCUGAAAGCAAACGUAACAGUGGUUUCUGGGGCCAGGACAUUGGUUGGGAUUGCUGCCACGAGAUAAGCGCCAAAGAUGGGGAAGGCAUUGAGGAAGUUUUUCGUGUAAUUGCCCGAAAACUUGUCGAGCAAAGAAACAAGAAAGUGGACGUUGAUACUGCACGACGGAGAACUAUCCAGGGAAGAGAGCUCCCAUCAGCGUCAGCAGAUGGUUCUGGGGCGGAUAGUAAUGUAGACAAACGACGCAGCUGGCUGGGUUUUCCACCAGCUUUGGCUUUACACGAUGAACGAGAACAUAACGAGCCGGAGGGCUCUUCCCAACGGAAGCAAGGCAAAUGCUGCUGA